UCAUGGAUAACUUAUCGCAUUUACGACAGUGAUUCGUGGAAAGCGACCAGGAAGUAGAGGAGGUGUAAUUCAAACUUGAUUGAGGUUUGUAAACAGAUCAAGGAUACAAAAGGUAGAAGAUGGCAGGGAUAUCAAGUGAGGUCCUAGAUUUGCAUGGAGAUAUGAUAAAGAAAUUGAGGGAAAUAUUUUCGAGGACACAAUUGAAUACAAUUCUUGAUCAAGCAGUAUCAAGAAGAUUACUAACCAAUGAUCAGAGAGAUAAGGUUACCAGUAUGGAGAAGUUAUUCAGCGAAUUGAAGGCAAACGGCGUGAUAGAUUACGGAGAUUACGAGCGGAUUUCGAAAAUUCUUAAUGACCAAGACGUUGAGGCCAAGAAAAUAAUUGACCACUACACAAAAAUGAUACGGAAGAAAAGAGACGCUGGAUACUCCCAAGGCUGUCAUACUGAAGGUGAAGACAGCAGAGCUGGACCAAAGCCUAAGAAAACACAAAUAUCCAGUCGGGACCCUCUAUUCGAAGAUGAACACGAAAUGGAACAGAAACGACCAAGAAAUGCGGGAGCGCUAAGGAAACCAAUAAAUGACACCCACGAUGCCAGGAUUGUGCAUACCUGGAAAAAAGCGAUGGAUGCUGUUGGAUUCAUUGAAGGUCCCUGUUGCACUGGUACCGGAUUUAGAGUAGGGAAGGACAAGAUAUUGACAGCCUAUCAUGUAGCAGAGGGCAUCACAAGGAAGGACGAACACUCAGAACCGGACAGAUCGCUCCUGGAAACAGACGAUGUUUGUAUCAAGUUCAACUUUUUGAAAGGAAGUGAUAACCUCCCAACGUUUUAUUUCGAGGAUAAAUUGUGGGGAGAUAAAGAAAUGGAUUUCGCUGUUUUACAGUUACGAGUUAAGGAUAACACCACAGAAGCUUGCUAUCCAGAAGGUAUCAAACGUUUCAAGAAAGCCUCACCUGAGAAUACGUUUGCAUUACUUGGUCACCCCGAAGGAAAGCCAAUGCAAUGGGAUCCAAAUGUCCGAAUCCUUGAGAGCAAUGAAGAGGAAAAGCGUUUGAAGGAAAUGAAAACACAUUGGAGAAGUAAACAAGAAUGGGGUUUCCCCAAUAUUCGGGACAAACACAGUGUCCUGUUUGAUUGCUGGGUUCAACACGGAGCAUCCGGAUCACCCGGCAUUGAGAUGGCGUCUGAUGGGGAGCCUACAUGUAGCCUGAUGCUUAUACAUGGAUAUCCGGAUUUUGUUUUUGAUAAGAAGAAAUAUCAAGUUGUACCGGAUGACCAUCCUUAUAUGAUCGAGCAAGGCGUCACAAUGGAGGCCAUAGCAAACAAACUAAACAAGAUGGGAAAAGAUGCGAAGGCGGUUAAAAAAGAAAUAUUUGCUGACAUCUUCUAAAGAAAAAAAAUCAGUGUUGAACAUUUUGACAUUAUGUACUCAAAGAAAAAUUUCGCAAAAGUCGCAAAAGGCAAUUUUUUUGUGCUCUCUACCUUUAAGAAACUGUUUCCGUUGACAUUAUAUAAACAAAUGCUUGAGUUGUGUAUCUUUGAUUUCUCCUGGGAUCGCAAUACCAUUAUAACAUUAGAAAUUUAACAUCUUUACAGACAGUUCGACCAAUACAUAAAUGUAUAACGCGAAUCGGGACAACAUGGAUUUUAUCGUUCUAGCUGGACCUUUAAAGAAUUUCCACAAAUUCCCAAUCAUAGUUUGUUUGCAUGAUACACUAAACAUACGAUUUCCAUGCAAGUGUGUGAAAUGAAAUAGAGAAAGAAGAUGAUUAUUUAUUAAUGCGAGAAAACAGUACACUGUAUAAGAUAAAACAUGGAUUUAACAGUGGAUAGUUAACUUUACACCGGCCGGUAUAGUUUGUAACAGUGUAGUUAACUUUACACCGGCUGAGUAUGGUUUGCACCCACAGUGUAGUUAACUUUACAACGGACGAGUAUGGUUUGUAACAAUGAAUAGUUAACUUUAAACCAGCCGGUUAUAGUUCGAAACUGUGUAGUUAUCUUUACAUCGGCCGAGUAUGGUUGGAACAGUCAAUGAUUAACUUUACACCGGCCGGUAUAGUUUGAAACAGUGUAGUUAACUUUACAUCGGCCGAGUAUGGUUGGAACAGUCAAUGGUUAACUUUACACCGACCGGUUAUAGUUCGAAACAGUGUAGUUAACUUUAUACCGGCCGGUAUAGUUUGAAACAGUGUAGUUAACUUUACACCGGCCGGUAUAGUUUGUAACAGUCUAAUUAACUUUACACCGGCCGGGUGUGGUUUGUAACAGUAGUUAACUUUACACCGGCCGGGUGUGGUUUGUAACAGUAGUUAACUUUACACCGGCCGGGUGUGGUUUGUAACAGUAGUUAACUUUACACCGGCCGGGUGUGGUUUGUAACAGUAGUUAACUUUACACCGGCUGAAUUUGUUUUGGUAACAGUGAAUGGUUAACUUUACACCGACCGGGUAUAGUUUGUAACCGUAAAUGUUAAUUUACACCGGCUGGGUAUGGUUUGUAACAAUAAAUUGUUAACUUUACACUUUGUAACAGUGUACUUUACUUUACACCAGCCGGGUAUAGUUUGUAACAGUGAAUAAGUUAAGACAUGUUGCCUGCUUAUACUUGAUGGUAUUAAGAUAUCGAACUAUGGAACAAUGAAUCACUGUAAAAAAUACAUAUUAAACUCUAAUUAAGAAUAUUUAAUUUCAGUAUAUAUCCUGUCCUAAUAAUUAACCCUUUAAUUACGGUUUAGUAACCCUUACCCUAACCCAAUAACUAACACUUACACAUACCUUAACUCAAUUACUAGCCCCUACUUCUUGAGGAUUGAUGGCCCACUUGGUAAUAUGAUAUUAUGAAAUUAUCAACCAUUUUUCAGGUGAAUGCGACGUUUCAUCAACAUGAAAAAGUGAUGUUUCCCGCGGCGGAAGUCGAUGGAUAUAUAUCUUUCUCGGGUUAAUAGUUCCUCGCAUUCACCUGAAAAAAGGUUCAUAACUGUUUUUAUAUGAUAGUUUACUUUUUUUAAAGCAAAAGUUGGAAUGCUGUGAUGAAAUUUUGUAGGAAAUAUAUGGUCAUAUUAACCUUGCUUUUGAAUGUUUUACAUAUAAAUGCAAUUCAUGACAGUAGUUGCCGUUGCGCGGCUUCCCUGGUAGUUAAGAGUUUGAUUAUUAUAAUUUUUCCAUUCCUUUGAAUCAAUAUUCUCGCUACUUACUCGUCGAGUUGUCUGCCAUAUUUACUGUACGAAGUUAUUUUUAUUAGCAUUUGACUGGUAAAUAGUGUUAGUGUUUUGGAUUUAGUAAUUAACCUGUGAGGCUAACGAUGGGGUUGUUGGGUUGUUGGAUUUCAAUAUUAACCUCUCGUUGAAAUGUUUAGUCAUGUAGGUAAAUGUCGUAACUAUUUUUGACCUAUGCGGACUUUUUAGACCAAUCAGCGUUAAUAUUAUAGUCAUGUUAUAAAACUGUUUGUCUACCCCGAGCCAAAAUGGAAUAUGACAGCUGAGGUUCAUCCCUACUUUAAAUUAUCGUAAAAUUAAUUGAAAUGUGAUGCAAAUCUGAUGAGAUAUCGAUACAAUUCGCCUAUAGUUGAUGUUUAGUGCAGUACUCGGACGACAGAGGACUACUUUUUUAGAACACCGAUUAAAUUCCGAAUUUCAAGUAAUGUCUCCAGAAAAUGUAUAAUUUCCGUUUACUUGAAGUUACAGGUUGAACUUAAACUGUAUUUAUCUCACAAACUCAAUCACUGGAAACGCUAGAGGGAUUUGUUGUGAGAGGAAACCAGAUUACCGGGAAAACGUGUUCGGACAGGUGACCCAAUAGCAUUUCACGUUCAAUCGGGAACUGGAACCCAGGCCGCGUAGAUGAAAUACAUGUGUGUUAUCACUGAGGCACUCGGCCACCUCUUACAGGCAUGUGAAUACACUACACAAAACAGGAUUGUAGCAAAGCAUGAUGGGGAAAAGUAUGUACCGAUAUAAACACGCAAAUAGCUUAAAGAGGAUACAUAGAGAUAUACUGCCACCAACAGGAUGUAGUCAUAUCCCAUCCACUAAAUUUUAAACAUGUGAAUCAUCAAAAGUUAUUACUAUUCCUUGUGCAUCAGAUUAUAUGACAUUCAUUUCGCAAAGUGCUAUGGUAUACAACUUUGUCACUCGUGGUUUAAUCAGCAUAUAUAUAACAUGAGAUCGUUUUCACAUACUGCAGGCUAAUACCCGCUUAUAAGGAUAACAUUUUGAAUCCUAUCCCCUUUUUAUAUACAUUAAUAUGUAUAUAAUCCAUUUGUUUCUUUAUUAUGUUCGUAGUAAUUGUACCAAAUAGAUACGGCAAUAGAAUGUGAAAGAACGCGAUUGAAUCUUAAGCGAGUUACCAAUGUAGGAAGGGGCUAUAUAAUAUUGGGGGCCUACACGGUCCCUCUAGGUCCCUCUAGGUCCCGCUACAAAAAAAAUUGUUCAUAAUUCAGUCUUACACAAUGGGUAAUGAGAACAAAAGUUCUACAAUGGAAUUGAUAUGUAAGGACUUUAAGUGUUACUUACACGAGAUUAACACGGGAAGUGUUCACAUUGAUGUAUUGUUUUUUUAUGAUAAUAGAAAUGACUCUUGUAAUCGUGACCUUACUUAUAAUGCCGAAUCUAUUGUUUUGUAUGUAGAAUUAAUAGAUUAUAAUAACCGUACUAUACAAUUAGAAGGAUUUAUAUUGAACGUUUUCUUGUCAAUUGAUAGACACGAUAGAGUGGCAAAAUAAAAAGUGAUUUUACAUGAAGAACGUAAAGAUUAUAUUGUAAAGUAAAGAUCGUUUUUCAAACGUAUGAGGAGUCAAUGGAGAAUCAUAUACCAGAAUGUAGAGUGGAUUGAAUAAGAACAAAAAAAUAUUUUUGCUACAUUAUAAUUUUAUUAACAUUCUAUUGACAAAUAAAUACAUUAUACAAUCUUAUAAAGCAUAAUUGUAUUACAAUCUUAUAAAAAAUAUUAUAUAAUAAUAAAAUAUUGACUUCAAAAUGGAUAAAACGUCAUACAGGAGCAAUCUGAAACUCCUUUAGACUAUACUAUGAAGCUCUCAUUCUUCAGAAAUACAAUUUCUUGUAAUCUUUAAAUGAUAUCUCUCAUACUUCAAGCACACAAUGAUAUGUAUAUAUCAGCUACGUAACCUUAAAUUGAUGUAUCUCAUACUUCAAACAUUCGUUUAGAACUUCGCCUGAUGACGUUAGAUGGAGGUCUACAACUUAUUUUUCAUUUUAUUUUUUCUUAGUUUUGCUUCUUAUUCUAUUUUGUUUAUUGUUGACUGAUUAUUAUCAUUUUUUGUUCUUACUUUUGAUUUCAUAUUUUCUAGUUUUGAUAUCUUUUUCUUGUAUUCCUGUGCUUCAAAUUAAAAUCCAAUAAUACAUGUGUGUAUAAUCAAGUUUAAUUUUCCUUAAAAAAAACAACAUAUUUACAACAUAUGAAUCUAUAUACAGCAUAUCAAAAGACAUAGUUUUACAUUAUUUUUCAUGACGACUUCUGUCCGAUAUUCAAAAUAAAUAUUUGUAAAACUACA